UCGCCAAGAGGAGUCAGAACGCGAGAGGCUGCAGAGCCAGGGACAAGCUGCUGUCGAUGCUCCCCCGAAGAGCUAUACAGAGACGAGAGAACCGAUGCGCAGCGCAGACAGGGGCGGACAAAGAAUAAGAAACACAUAAAGGGAGGACUGCACACGAAAGCAAAAGAAUCCCUUUAUACCGGCAAGCCUGCUGUAUCCCUCCACACACACACACACACACGGUCAUAGUGUUGAAUCAAUGAGCGUAAAGAGAGACGCCGGUGCGUAAAGUUGGCAAGGUGAUCCGCCUCCGCUGUGAACAUUAUUACUGUCAUUUUCGGAGAACCGCUGAGUUCCUGAGGUCCCGGCUCCAGCGUGGAUUCCAGAGCCCAUCAUAGUGUCUUUAUUUGUGGAUGAGCGAGGCUUGUUGGAUGGUAAGGUUUCCAGCGGAGCGCUGCGGGGACACAGUGGAAGGGACCCUGUGAACGUGCCACAUGCGCGUGGAGGAUAUGGAUUUGCUUUUGCUAUAGCCAAAAUUUGCCGCGGUUUUUUAAAAUAUUCAUUUUUCAUUUUUUGACUUUUUGUGCGUGUUUUUUAAAAAAAAAAAUAUAUAGGCUAUUGUUUGAUUUUUUUUUUUUUACUCUUGAACGACCGCAGAGAUUUCAAGACUUAUCGUGCGGAAAUACAACCAUGAACUUUGUUGUCAGUUUGGUACAAAUCCUUUUGGCAGCAGUUCUUCACCUAUCCGCUGUAAAGACUGCCAGCAUCAGCAAGGGAGUGGAGAAGAGUAAGAAUGAGGUCAUCCCUCUCACGGACGUCAUCAGAAAGAGUAUGUGUCAGCCCAGGGAGGUGCUGGUGGACAUCUCCCACGAGUAUCCGGAGGACACAGAACACACCUAUGUCCCAUCUUGCGUGGUCCUCAACCGCUGUGGAGGCUGCUGCAAUGAUGAAGCAAUGGAGUGUGUACACACGGAAACCCACAACGUCACAUUGCAGGUAAUGCGGUUAAGGGCACUGGUAUCGCAACACACAAUUCAUUUAAGUUUUACAGAGCAUCAAAAAUGUGAAUGCAGAGUAAAGCCAGAUGUUCAAGCAAAGAAAGAAUACCACUGUGCGCCUUGCUCAGAGAGAAGAAAGCGCUUGUUUGUACAGGACCCUCUCACCUGUAAAUGUUCCUGCAAAUUCACACAAUUAGACUGCAAGUCCAGGCAACUUGAGUUAAACGAAAGAACUUGCAGAUGUGACAAACCUAGGAGAUGAGACCGGCAACACUGUUAUGAAGGAAUUAUUUUCUUGGCACAGCACUUUGAAACCUGAGGAUGCAUUCCCUGCAAGGACACGAAACGACAACGCAAGACAGGACAUUCUGGACUCAGAUCUUGCCACUGUCUGUUUUCCGCCUAAAGAUAUUAAUAUAUAUGUACAUAUACUCUAAGUACAUCGACAAUGUGUAUUGCUGCUACAUAAAAAGACACUAUUUAAAGCGAAACGAAUGCGCCACUGGCGCGUGAAUGGGAAAUGUUUCUGUGGCGUUCUGCUUAUGGGUAGAACUGGUAGAAGAAAUCUUUUAUUUUAUGUAAAACUUCACUGGAUGCUGGUCUGCUGUGGAUAUGAAUAUCUUAAAUGUUUCUUAGUAAGAAAAAACUGGUGACCACAACAUCAUCUAACAGUGCAGCAGAAGCCGAACUCGCCUCAGAACUGAAAGUAGAGUCUGGGAGGAGACGGAGGAAGGACGAGGAGGCGGAGGUGGAGGAACUCCUGUUGUACUUGAACUGAAUGGCAGGUCCAAGAACUGAUUCCCUCUGUGACAUGAUGUGAAGUUUUGUCUUCGCUGUAUGGACUGACUCCAGCAGUAAGAAUACACCUAGAAAGUCUCUCAGAGUUUGCUGAAGUGACUGUGGGCGCAGAUUAUGUACCGGAUAAUGUGAAGAUGACAUUAUUCCCUCGAGGAAGGGUUACACGAUGAUGGCAAGAACUGGAAGGUUAGCUAAUAGUGAAGUCUUGGCAGGUAAAAAGACAUUAGAUUAGGGUUAUGUUUAGGCCUAUCCCUAUAGGUGUGGGCAAGUAAACAACAAUGUUGGCAUUCAGGGUAUGACAAGAGUUAGGAAUUGGAAGCUUCGAUCAGGGUUAAAGGUAACAAACCACUACCUCUUUCUGGUCCUGCGUCCUUCAUGUAACUCUUCCUUGGGGGGGAAAACAGAUUUGUCUUUCUUUUUGUACACAAAGUUUAUUAUUUACAUGUUGAAGUAUUGUGUUCCUUUCACAAAAUGUCUUGAGACCAGGCUGUCUAAAGGGAUAUUUCUGUAGGUGUAUACAGAGACAAGACGUAACUACACCAGCUGAUCACAGAUCAGAUGAGCACCUCACUGUAGACAUCCACAACCUUCCAGUUUCCUUAUUUAAUGGCUUUGUGUGUGUUCCAAAGAAAUAGUCAGGCAUCCACACCAGAGUAGUUUAUCAUAAAUGAUCUGUAUAUACUUACUAGAUAUCCCUUUGUCUAGUACACUAGAUCUAAUUUAUAGAAUAUGUUCAGUAUUCUGUAUUCUGAUAUUUAUAUGCAGUGUUAUGGUUAUUUUUGUUUGUACUCAACUGUUUUCAAUCUACCCAGAGAUUGAAUGGAGAACACAUAUGACUGUAGACUCCUUUUUUGUGGGAAAAAAGGACUGAAAGACAAAGCUUUGACAUUCCUGAUUUCAACUAAAGCUGUGUUUCUCACGAGCCGGAGGGGAAUCAUGGUGGGCCUGUUGACCGAUAGAAACCCCAGACGCCAACAUGUGCUUGCAUGAUGCGCCAACACAGGUGUUUUUCAUUUUGGACUGGAGUGAUGGACAUGUGGUGUUGCACUUGUGGGCCCGAAGACACGUCAUAUGGAGGACUGAAGGAGUCUCGUUGCUGCCGCUCAGCUCGGACCUAAUUUAGUGAAGACUGUCCAAUCAGAUUGAGGCCUCUAGUCUGAGGGUGAUAAACUGGCACAGAUUUUAACCCAGGCACUAACAAAGCAUCCUCGCUCACUAUUCAUUGAGAUAAUAACUCUUAAUAACUCGUGCUCAGAUGUGUCAUUUGUACCGUCAAAUUCCUGUAAAAUACCGUAAAGGGAUGUCAAAAGUCACACCAAAGCUAAAACCCUGAAUACAGUAUGUGUGUUUCAGUCAGAAAUCUACGGAAGACAAUCAGGGCCACAUGUGAUUUUUUUUUUAAUAAAAUAAAUAAGUUUUUUUUAAGUCAGAAUUCUGAGUUUAAAGUCAGAACUCAAAUAUUUUUUUCACGUGGCCCUGAUCGUCUUCAUUCAAUUAUUCAUUCAAAAGUGUGAAUUAUUUAUUGUACUGCAGAACAUGGCUUCUCCUGAAUGCUACCUGUGUUUCCGUUAGUGCCGACUGUACCACUGCUGUUCAUGUGAACUGACCUUCUGUGCCACCAUCCUCAAACUGGGGGCCUGAGAGAGACCGGCUGCUGGCUCGGUGCCCGCACCUCUCCAGUCCUCUGGUGAUGACAACAUUCUAUUUGUAUUUAAAUGACAGACUUGUUCUUGAGUUUGUACAGCCACACAUUUUUAGUAUAUUUUCACAUUAAUAUAUUUAUUGGUGCUGUAAAAUGUUUUACAAUAUUAAUACUCUUUUUUUGUUGUUUUUAGUGUAACUAUUAUAUUCAAAACAUAGUUUAUUU